ACAAAUCCUACGGUUGCAACUCGCGUAGUUUACGUUGUAUACAUUUUGUACUUUUGCGUUGUUUGAUGCUUUUUUGCCUUCUUGCAAACUAAUACGCUUGCUGCGAAGGUCAAAAACUACUGUAAAGUAAAUAUUCUUUCUUGAAAAUGUGACUGUUCGAUAUCGAUAGACAAUCAGGUGGAAAAAGUUAAGCAAUAUGUGUGUGUUUUGUGGCCUGCACAGUUUGUUUAAGAAAUUAAGAUAAAGUUUGAUUUAUUUCGAUUUUUGGUACAUGUUCUAGAUGAGAAAAAGCUAAUUGAAUGUUUUAAUCUUCACUAAAUCGGAAAUACCUAAGUGUAUAAAUUUUUGCAAUCAUCAAACUGUUGAAAGUAAAAUUCAAAUUUGAAGUAAGUCCAUUUUUGUUACACAAUCAUUUGAUAAAAACCGAAAUGGAAUAAUCCAAACUAAGUUGCAUCGAAGCAAUAUUGAAAUAUUCUAGCCGUCUAGUGUGGUAAUGUUAAUAUUAGCCCAUUAUAACUGGAUAUUCGAUCAUCAUAAAUAAAGUAAAAUGCCAACACUACUUGAAGCGUUAGAAGCGAAAUAUGGAAUUGGCUACCAGGGAGAAAAACGUGAUAAUGAAGCAUUGGUAUCGAUAUUUGUUCCCAAACUACCUCCGAGACUAAGUGUACCAGAGUUGUUAGUACUUAAUGACUGCAACAUCGAUAAAGCAGGCGAACCAGAAGAUUUACGGAGAAAAUGUUGCACUGUCAGAGAAUUGGAUUUGGCCCAAAAUAAGCUGGAAAACUGGAAUGAGGUUUUCGAGAUUCUUUCGCAUAUGCCAUGUGUUGAGUUUGUAAACUUAAGCCUUAAUCGUCUUGGAGGACCAAUCAGUAACCCACAACCCUGCAGAAUGGAACGUCUUCGUAGCUUAGUGUUGAAUGGCACAAAACUGGAAUGGAAUGGAGUAGAGACAUUAUUACAGCUACUGCCGGUUCUUGAAGAGCUGCAUUUAAGUCUCAAUGAAUACACACAUGUGCUUAUUGACACUGUAUUGGUUAAUGAAAAUGACGAAUUCAGAAUUGAUAGCUGCCAAUGCCAUGAGCAAAACAAAUCUAGUCGAACGCAAAAACGCUCUGUAUUAGAAAGUUCUUUGUAUAAGAAAACCAGGGCUCAUCCAUGUGUAAGAAAACUCCAUCUGACUGGAAAUCAUAUUAGUGAAUGGAACGAAAUAUGCCGGGUAGGACGACUAUUUCCCAACCUCGAAACGCUUGUACUGGCAGAUUGUCCAAUAGAAUCCUUGGACGCAACAUAUUCCAAAACUAUGCAGAUGACAGCCAGCGAAAAAAGCCACGAAUAUUUCAGGAAACUGUCAUUAUUGAAUUUAAGCAACGCUAAAAUCGAUUCAUGGGACGAUAUUGAUCGAUUAGCCGAGUUUCCCUCUUUGAAAAAUCUUCGAGUACAGUGCUGGCCAUUAUGGGAUAAAUGUGAUUCUACCGAACAUGAACGACGGCAACUACUGAUUGCCCGAUUACCCAAUAUAGAAAUUUUGAACGGGGGUGACGUGAUCGGAGCUACAGAACGUGAAGAUGCAGAGCGAUCCUUCAUUAGGUACUAUCUCGAUAAACCAGAAAGUGAUCGACCCGAACGAUACAUAAAUUUAGUUUCUAUUCAUGGAAAACUAGAUCCACUUGUCAGCAUUGAUCUGAGUCCGGAGCGCAGAGUGAAAAUUACAUUCACCUAUGGCGAUACCAGCGAAGAACGUACCGUCGAUGUAUACAGAACUGUGGUCGAUUUAAAAUCACGACUGGAACGAAUUGUAGGAAUUCCUGCCACCAAGAUGCGACUGUUUUAUGUAGAUCAAGAUUUGCGUGAUCAUCAAGGAUUGGAAGAAAUGAAAUAUCCGCAUAAACGUCUUUAUAGCUACAACAUCCGCUCCGGCGACGAAAUCAUUAUAGACCAAAAGCAUUGAGUACACCUUAUAUUGAACAUAAAUCUCUACUGCACUAUUUUGGCCUGAAAAGAUGCAAUCACUUUUAUACCAUUGGCAGCUGGAUCUGUACAAAAAGUCUAUAUUCAAAUACACCAAGCGCUUAAAACCCAUAUUGUAUUCUGAAUAAUUAUAUCAUGUAUAACAUAUUGUCAAGUUAGGUACUAACUGUGGUACGCACAAUUGAAGCAAGAUGUAUUGAAUAAAGAUAACUU